GAUUGCUAAUAAAACAUCUUCAUGUCCUCUCCAUUGUUCUUUGCUACUCUCCAGUCAGAUUUACCAGAAUGCCAGUGCUAUCACUCAGGCAGCUUGCCACGGCGACAGCCAUCAGGAACGUGAAGUAUCUAAACGAUAUUGGAAACAUCCCCUACGCAUUAGCCCGACCUUUUCUCCUCAAAGUUGAAAGUCCUGAGAAGUUGGUGAGAAGCCAUUGCUGGCCUUGCUCCCGCAUGAUCAAUGGCGACUAACGAAGUGAUUUCAUAGAGAUCUCUGGAAUUGGCAUCGCCUCAUAUCAUGAAGGAGGACGGCGAAUUGUGGCUCGAGUUCAUAAAGCGAGACAUACCUAAAUGGGAGCAGUACGACCUUCCCGAGAACCCGGAUAGCUGGUAUGACGUCUAUUGCGGUCUCUUGGAGCGAGUCCGCAAGUCAGUCGAGGAGGACGCAGAGCAGAUGAAAAUGGCUCUGGAAAAAAUCAACUCAGAGCGUACAAAACACAGUGCCAAGUUCGUGACCGAUCGGCGCAGCAUUCGCCUUCCUCGAGAACGGCCAACCACCAAGCAGAGAUAUGCUUCAUACGAUCGGAAAAUGGGCGGUAUCACGCCUGUUUUCGUCUCUACCUCACGAUCUAAGACUGCCACCGCGGAUCCAUUGGGUGCUCCUGCAUGGACAUUCGAGAGGCCGCAACUCCCGCGGUCUGAGACCACGCCGACGAAAAGAAACAAUAUCUUCGCCGUAGCGAAAAGGAAUCCGGCAUUGGCAGUUCCGACGAGCAAGCUACGCAACAAGGCUACUCAAGUCAAGAAGGCGCCUCUAUCUCUCAUCGAGGAUCACAGACGACCCCUGGAGCCUGCCCUUGCUAGCACUCGGAAGGAUCCUCCCAGAGUAAUUGCUCCAGGACGAUCGAGGUCUCAGAGCAGCAACUUCUGCUCUAGCAGUGUGCCAAUGACGACGUCAUUGCAAGAAAGAGAGGCAAGACUCCGGGUCCUGACCUCUGGUCACCAUGCUGGCUCAAAAGAGUCAACCAUCUCUCCUGCUAAAUCCUCUGCAGCUGCAGUGUCGAAAGAGCCGUCAGCAGCAUCUCCUCCUACCUCAAGUCCGCCGCUGAAAAGUGCAAGGUUACGAUCAGUUACUCGGAACUCUACCAUACCAUUCCCUAUGGAAAAGAAACCCCAGAAUCUAUCGCGAGUAUCUAACCACGUUCUCUCCAAAUCCCAGAGCAAUCAGACUGGCGAAAGUUCUAACACCACAGAGUCUAAAUCACCGUCCGAACAAUCACCUCGCCCGAUGGUGAUGCGAAAGCGACCGCCGCCGAGCGUCUUUAUUCAACCGAAAAGGAAGAAAGUAUCGUAACGUCGAGCGCAUCACACAUCUGGGAACAUGCUUCCUCAGGCUAAUGUUUUUCUUUUUUUUUUUUUUUUUUUCCGUUUAACUGUUUCCCAUGUUUUGCCAGCUACAUAUGCAUAGCGCAGCAGAUAACUAGUUUCGGUUCUGAUUCGGGCGCUUUAACUGUUUUUUAGGUCGGGUAUUUCUUUUUCUCUCUGUAGGAUCGUCUGAAGGGAUGGCGUGCACAGGAUACAUGGAUGAUGCCGACAGCCGCCAGAGCUGGCUCUGACCUUUCUGCAUUCUGGGAUGGAGUGUUCGGGCAGUAGUGUCACAUUCUACAGCACUCAUCAAUCAGUAGGGAUACCCAUGGGGGCGUCCUUCAGUUCACAUCGAGUUGUCAAUCUCUUUUUUUCUUCUUCAUUGCUAUUUCCGAAAAUAUUCGAUGGUUCUCUCGCAUAAAGGACGGCUGAAAAUAACGAGAUAUGAUACCAAGGGGACGAGAUG